CUUUUUAAAAAUCGCUUGGUCUGUUGAGCUCUCCUGGGCUUGGUGCCUUUAGACCGAGGCUGGGGACAGUUGCAAACAGCCACAGGCAGACUGAGGUGGCAAUAGAAAAUCUGCCGAGAUGUUCAGUCAGGUGCCCAGGACCCCAGCUUCAGGCUGCUACUAUCUAAAUUCCAUGACACCUGAGGGCCAGGAGAUGUACUUGCGAUUUGAUCAGACUACAAGACGCUCUCCUUACAGGAUGAGCCGGAUUCUAGCACGCCAUCAGCUAGUGACUAAAAUUCAACAAGAAAUUGAGGCAAAGGAAGCAUGUGACUGGCUGCGGGCUGCUGGGUUCCCACAAUAUGCACAGUUAUACGAAGAUUCACAAUUUCCCAUCAACAUUGUGGGUGUCAAGAAUGAUCAUGAUUUUCUUGAAAAGGACCUUGUAGAACCUCUUUGCAGACGACUAAAUACAUUGAACAAGUGUGCCUCAAUGAAACUUGAUGUGAACUUCCAAAGGAAAAAGGGUGACGACUCAGAUGAGGAAGAUCUUUGCAUCAGCAACAAAUGGACUUUCCAGAGAACCAGCCGCAGGUGGUCUCGUGUGGACGACCUGCACACACUAUUCCCUGGGGGAGACAGAAAUGGGUCACCCGUGGGCCCUAUGAUGAGAAACACAACCAGCAGUGAGAGUGUCCUCACAGACCUGAGUGAGCCCGAGGUCUGCUCCAUUCACAGUGAAAGCAGCGGAGGCAGUGACGGCCGCAGUCAGUCAGGCCAGUACUGUGCUGACAGCCCAGUCAUGCUGGAGGCCACCCUAGUCAGCAGUGGCCUCCCACAGUCCCCCCGAGACACUCUCAACCACCCUUUGCACCCCAAGAAUGAGAAACCCAACAGGGCCAGGGCCAAGUCGAUUUUGAAACGCAUGGAAACACUCCGAGCUAAGGGAGUCCAUGGGAAGCAUAAGGGACCAGGGCGGACAGGUGGCCUUGUGAUCAGUGGACCUGUGUUACAACAGGAGCCCGAGUCCUUUAAGGCCAUGCAAUGCAUCCAAAUACCAAAUGGAGAUCUCCAGAACUCACCUCCAGCUGCCUGCAGAAAAGGGCUUCCAUGCUCCAGUAAAUCCAGUGGUGAGAGCAGCCCCUCAAACAGCAGCAGUGGGGUGAGCACGCCAUGCCUGAAGGAACGAAAAUGCCACCAGGAGGCCAACAAGCGUGGGGGCAUGUACUUGGAGGACCUGGAUGUGCUGGCAGGGACAGCACUGCGGGAUACAGAAGACCAAAGCCACACCCAUGGGUUUCACUCCCAAGAGAAUUUGGUGGUGCAUAUUCCCAAGGAUCAUAAACCAGGAACAUUCCCCAAGGCACUUUCUAUCGAAAGCCUGUCACCCACAGAUAACAGCAAUGGGGUUAACUGGAGGACUGGGAGCAUCUCCCUGGGCAGGCAGCAGGGCCCUGGCGGGAGGGAGCCCAGGCUCAUGGCAUCCUGCCACAGAGCAAGCCGAGUCAGUAUCUAUGACAACGUCCCCGGCUCCCAUCUGUAUGCCAGCACAGGAGAUCUGCUGGACUUGGAGAAAGAUGACCUGUUCAUCUUGGAUGACAUCCUGCAGCAAGUCAAUGGACUCCAAGAAGUAGUGGCUGACUGGUCGAAAAAUGUCUUGCCUGAACUGCAGACUCAUGAUGCGUUGGGUGGGGAACCUGGUUUACCUGCCUUGCCAUCUCCUAAUCAGAUCACCUUAGAUUUUGAAGGCCACUCUGUCUCAGAAGGUCGGACAACACCCAGUGAUGUAGAAAGAGACGGAACGUCUCUGAAUGAGUCUGAGGCCCCUGGGGUCAGAGAAAGGAGGGAUUCUGGUGUAGGGGCUUCUCUGACCAGGCCAAACAGGCGACUCCGAUGGAACAGUUUCCAGCUCUCACACCAGCCCCAGCCAUCCCCGGCAUCACCCCACAUCAGCAGUCAGACAGCCGGCCAGCUGAACCUGCUCCAGCGCUUCUCACUGCUCCGCCUCACAGCCAUCAUGGAGAAGUACUCCAUGUCCAACAAGCAUGGCUGGACAUGCCUCUCCCCACGGUGUGCCCCAGGGGGCUUGCAUGACCUGGUUUCUGUGAAUUCUAGGUCAGUUCCAAAGUUCAUGAAGAGGAUGAAAGUUCCUGAUUACAAAGACAAGGCUGUCUUUGGUGUUCCUCUCAUAGUCCACGUCCAAAGAACGGGACAACCUCUGCCUCAGAGCAUUCAGCAAGCACUGAGAUAUCUUCGUAGCAACUGCCUUGAUCAGGUGGGUCUUUUUCGCAAGUCGGGAGUGAAGUCUCGAAUCCAUGCCCUACGUCAAAUGAACGAGAACUUUCCUGAAAAUGUCAGCUAUGAAGACCAGUCCGCUUAUGAUGUGGCAGACAUGGUGAAGCAGUUCUUCCGGGACCUCCCUGAGCCUCUUUUCACCAACAAACUCAGCGAGACCUUCCUCCACAUCUAUCAAUACGUCCCCAAAGAGCAGCGACUGCAGGCUGUGCAGGCCGCCAUCUUGCUGCUGGCAGAUGAAAACAGGGAGGCCCUACAGACUCUCCUGUGCUUCCUAAAUGACGUCGUCAACUUGGUGGAAGAAAAUCAGAUGACAUCCAUGAACCUGGCUGUGUGUCUGGCCCCCUCCCUUUUUCAUCUUAAUUUAUUGAAGAAAGAAAGCUCUCCAAGAGUCAUCCAGAAGAAAUAUGCCACUGGGAAGCCAGAUCAAAAGGACCUCAAUGAGAAUCUGGCCGCAGCUCAGGGUCUUGCCCACAUGAUCACGGAAUGCAACAAACUGUUUGAGGUCCCACAUGAGUUGGUGGCCCAGUCUCGCAACUCAUAUGCAGAGGCUGAGAUCCACGCACCCACCUUGGAAGACUUGGGGACGCAGCUGGAGGAGAGUGGAGCAACUUUCCACACUUACCUGGAGCAUCUUGUCCAGGGCCUCCAGAAAGAAGCCAAGGAGAAGUUCAAAGGAUGGGUCACGUGCUCCAGCCCCGACAACACAGACCUCGCUUUCAAAAAGGUGGGGGACGGGAACCCCCUGAAGCUGUGGAAGGCGUCUGUGGAGGUGGAGGCACCCCCCUCAGUGGUGCUGAACCGUGUGCUGAGAGAGCGCCACCUGUGGGACGAGGACUUCAUGCAGUGGAAGGUGGUGGAAACGCUGGACAGGCAGACAGAAAUCUAUCAGUACGUGGUGAACAGCAUGGCCCCCCAUCCUUCCAGAGACUUUGUGGUUCUCAGGACCUGGAAGACUGAUUUGCCCAAAGGAAUGUGCACCCUGGUGUCCCUCUCUGUGGAGCACGAAGAAGCCCCACUCAUGGGUGGUGUGCGGGCUGUGGUGAUGGAUUCUCAGUACUUAAUAGAACCAUGUGGUUCUGGCAAGUCCAGACUGACCCACAUCUGCAGGAUAGACCUGAAAGGUCACUCUCCAGAAUGGUACAACAAAGGCUUUGGACACCUCUGUGCAGCAGAAGUUGCCAGGAUUCGAAACUCUUUUCAGCCCCUCAUUGCUGAGGGUCCAGAAACUAAAAUAUGAGUUUCCCCCAGUGUGACAUCAAACUCAGGGAACAGGAAGCUAAA